GUCGCGGUCGCCAGCCCCGCGCCGGGGAGUGCAGGGCGGAAGCGGCGGCCGCGGCCGCGGCGGGCGGCGCUGGGACCCGGGAGCGCCGGGAGAACAAGGGAGCUGGCGCCGCGGCCGGCCGCUGAGCUGGGCUGAACCGCUGGGCCGCGCCGAGCGCGAGCGCCGCCGCCGACGGAGAGGCCCGGCCCGGCCGCCCGAGCAGGCAGCGCGCGGGCCGCCGGGCCCGAGCCGGGGCCAUGGGCGAGACCAAGAUCAUCUACCACCUGGAUGGGCAGGAAACACCGUACCUGGUGAAGCUGCCCCUGCCCGCCGAGCGCGUCACCUUGGCGGACUUUAAGGGCGUCCUGCAGCGGCCCAGCUAUAAGUUCUUCUUCAAGUCUAUGGACGACGAUUUCGGGGUGGUGAAGGAAGAGAUCUCAGACGACAAUGCCAAGCUACCCUGUUUCAAUGGCCGCGUGGUGUCCUGGCUGGUGUCAGCUGAGGGCUCACACCCAGAACCAGCCCCCUUCUGUGCUGACAACCCAGCAGAACUGCCACCACCUAUGGAGCGCACCGGAGGCAUCGGGGACUCGCGACCUCCAUCCUUCCACCCUCAUGCAGGUGGGGGCAGCCAGGAGAACCUGGACAAUGACACCGAGACGGACUCUUUGGUGUCCGCCCAGCGGGAACGGCCACGCCGGAGGGAUGGCCCAGAGCAUGCAGCCCGGCUGAAUGGAACUGCCAAGGGGGAGCGGCGGCGGGAGGCCGGGGGUUAUGAUAGCUCCUCUACCCUCAUGAGCAGCGAGUUGGAGACCACCAGCUUCUUUGACUCAGAUGAGGAUGAUUCCACUAGCAGGUUCAGCAGCUCCACAGAGCAGAGCAGUGCCUCGCGCCUAAUGAGAAGACACAAGCGCCGACGGCGGAAGCAGAAGGUCUCCCGGAUUGAGCGGUCUUCCUCCUUCAGCAGCAUCACUGAUUCCACCAUGUCGCUGAACAUCAUCACUGUCACCCUCAACAUGGAAAAGUACAACUUCCUGGGCAUUUCCAUUGUGGGCCAAAGCAAUGAACGUGGCGAUGGAGGCAUCUACAUUGGCUCCAUCAUGAAGGGCGGAGCCGUGGCUGCUGAUGGACGCAUUGAGCCUGGAGAUAUGCUGUUACAGGUAAAUGAGAUCAACUUUGAGAACAUGAGUAAUGACGAUGCAGUCCGGGUGCUGCGGGAGAUUGUGCACAAACCAGGACCUAUCACCCUGACCGUAGCCAAGUGCUGGGACCCAAGUCCACGUGGUUGCUUCACGUUGCCCAGGAGCGAACCCAUCCGGCCCAUUGACCCUGCAGCCUGGGUCUCCCACACUGCAGCCAUGACCGGCACCUUCCCCGCCUACGGCAUGAGCCCCUCCCUGAGCACCAUCACCUCCACCAGCUCCUCCAUCACCAGCUCUAUCCCUGACACAGAGCGCCUAGAUGACUUCCACCUGUCCAUCCACAGUGACAUGGCUGCCAUCGUAAAAGCUAUGGCCUCUCCUGAGUCAGGGUUGGAGGUCCGUGACCGCAUGUGGCUCAAGAUUACCAUCCCCAAUGCUUUUAUCGGCUCAGAUGUGGUAGACUGGCUGUACCACAACGUGGAAGGCUUCACUGACCGGCGGGAGGCCCGCAAGUACGCCAGCAACCUGCUGAAAGCCGGUUUCAUUCGCCACACUGUCAACAAGAUCACCUUCUCUGAGCAGUGCUACUAUAUCUUCGGAGACCUCUGUGGCAACAUGGCCAACCUAUCCCUCCACGACCACGAUGGCUCCAGCGGUGCUUCGGAUCAGGACACACUGGCCCCCCUGCCACACCCUGGGGCCGCCCCUUGGCCCAUGGCUUUCCCUUACCAGUACCCACCACCUCCGCACCCCUAUAACCCGCACCCUGGCUUCCCAGAACUGGGCUACAGCUACGGCGGGGGCAGUGCCAGCAGUCAGCACAGUGAAGGCAGUCGGAGCAGUGGCUCCAACCGCAGUGGCAGCGAUCGGAGGAAGGAAAAGGACCCGAAGGCCGGGGACUCCAAAUCGGGCGGCAGCGGCAGCGAGUCAGACCACACGACCCGCAGCAGCCUUCGUGGGGCACGAGAGAGGGCCCCCAGUGAGCGCUCAGGCCCGGCGGCCAGCGAACACAGCCACCGGAGCCACCACUCACUGGCCAGCAGCCUGCGCAGCCACCACACGCACCCGAGCUAUGGCCCUCCUGGAGUGCCACCGCUCUAUGGGCCUCCCAUGCUGAUGAUGCCUCCACCGCCUGCAGCAUUGGGGCCCCCUGGAGCCCCCCCAGGCCGUGACCUUGCUUCGGUGCCCCCUGAACUGACCGCCAGCAGACAGUCCUUCCGCAUGGCCAUGGGAAACCCCACCAAGAAUUUCGGGCUCUUUGACUUUCUGUGAGCCCCGAGGGGAGGCCCAGCCUCUGAGGAGACCAGGAGCCCUGCUUCAGCAGCACCUCAGGGCUUCCCAAGGAUGUUCAGCCCCCACACCCACACCACAUCAGGUUCCUGGGCUUCUGGGGAGGGCCCCAGGCUUGCCCCACACAGGUCAGACUGGCCCCUCUCCAGAGAACACACUGUAUCUCUACACACACAC